UGCCGCAUUUAUUGAGUUGCACUCAUGUGUUGGAAAGAGUUUUUAGCUUAGUGCCUGUCGUGGAGAGUCUUCUAUCUUCCUGUUGAUAUGGAUAUUAUUGCUAGCGGUAGUAGGUACAGAGUACGACAAGCAAAAAGGUGUUUUCUAUUACAAUAACAAGUUCUCAGCAUUUAAAACAGCUGAUUUUCUAAAAGGUGCGUGUUCGUUGAAUUCCAACAAUGUUUCUUUAAUGGCACUAUUUAGUGUAUGCGAUAUGCAUCGGUUUUUGUGACACCAAUGUGGGAAAAACUAGGGGCACAAGACAAACUAAUAUGGGCAAGAAAUAGCAAGUACAUCUAAAGUGACGGAAUGUGUUCUGUGGCUUCCCGAGGAGGUCGUUCCAACCCUGUUCGGGUAUUUCGGAAAUAUUUGCCGUUUAUUUUCGUUGCUUUGGCUAUUAUCAUUAGUCAAGGCUUAUUUCUCGUUUAUAGCCUUCACUGGCUUCCGGAGUCACUUCCACCGGCCGGCGCGUUUCACACUUCUAAGCCACUACGAGCGAAUAGCACACAAGGACAUUACCUACAUGGCGGCCUGACUUCGAAGAAUUACAAAGAGCAUGUCGAAGGUGGCGGCGAAUUAUUAAGGAGGUCAACAACCGAGCUUCCAUUCGAACCUUCCUGUUCCCUGAAUGGGACAGAGGUACAAUCCGCCUUAAAGCGGGCACAGACAGCCCACUGCAAGCGACAAAUAGCGGACGUCUUUUGUGCCCACCUUCGAAGGUCCUUGUAUCCGACGUUUCUGAACAACACUUGUCCCAGCAAAGAAGGAAAUCCAGGAGAUACAAUUGGAUGCUUCAGAUUGCCUAACAUAGACAGUCUUCAGACGCCUCAUUAUGUGGCCAAUAACACACUCGCAAAGCAUUCCGCGGUGUCAUAUCCGACCCCGAUGUCUUGCGUGUGGGCGUGCCUUCGCGUGGGCGCACCGUUUGCUGUUUUUAGAUCGUCUUCCUCACAGCAAGAAGAGCGAAGAUGUGCAUGCGCUAAAGUUCAAGAUAAAAGCUGGAAACGCGUAGAGAAACCUUGUUCCGAUGACCAAUGCCAAGAUUGUGGUGAACUCUACAAGACCGGGCUUCCAAUUCAGAUGAAAAAGCACCAGCCAUUGAUGCCACCUGCGGACCUCAGCGAUAAUUCUCCUCGAGCCAAAAUCGUGUUCUUGCUCACUGUUAAUGGACGCGCAUUACGCCAGCUGAAAAGACUGAUCUCAGUUCUCAAUACUACUUCUACGGAGCAACACUUUUUUUACGUUCAUGUUGACCAGCGUCAGGAUUAUUUGUACCGUUCACUCAAGGAGCUGGAGGACCCGUCAUGGUUGCGAGUUACGCCGCAGCGUUUUUCGACGAUCUGGGGCGGAGCUUCGUUACUUCAAAUGUUGUUAAGCUGUUUCCAGGAGUUGCUUCAUCUCGAUAAGUCGACUGACCGAUGGGAUUAUGUAGUCAACCUCAGCGAAAGUGACUUCCCAAUCAAGAGAGUUGGUGAACUCGAGCUCUUCCUGGGAGAUAACAAAGGCUACAACUUUGUUCGUUCGCAUGGGCAGGACACACCAAAGUUCAUCAGUAAACAAGCCUUGAUGAAAACCUUUCUGGAGUGUGAAACACGUAUGUGGCGCUUAGGAGACAGGGAACUUCCUCGUGGCAUCCGAUUUGAUGGAGGUUCUGACUGGGUGGCACUACACCGGGGAUUUGUUCAAUGGGUGAUUCAAAACAGGGCUCAUGAUCCCCUACUUGUCGGAUUAGAAGCCCUGUUCAGGCAUACGCUGCUGCCCGCAGAAAGCUACUUCCAUACGGUACUUCAUAAUUCCGGGUUUUGUACGUUGAUUGUGGACAAUAAUUUGCGAUUCGUCAACUGGCGUCGUAAGCAAGGCUGUAAAUGCCAAUAUAGACAUGUCGUUGAUUGGUGUGGCUGCUCGCCUAAUGUUCUUCUCGAGGAUGACGAGGGAAAAGUGGCGGUCCUCUCUAGAAAGACAGUAUUUUUUGCUCGAAAAUUUGAGCCUGUGCUUAGCCAGAAGAUCGUCGACUUCAUCGAGGACACAAUGCUCAAAAUAAAACGUAAACCUACAUCUAAUCUGGCUAGUGAGACAUCGUACUGGCAGAACGAGUUUCACUAUUUAGACCGGUCACCUGUGCCAGAUCAAGGGCGUCUGUCAGCAUGGAGUUCCUUGGCACGCCUUUCAGCCCAUCAUCUAGGUCAACUUGGAAGUCGAUGCGUUCUGCGGGCCUCGCGAGUACUUGAAACAUGGCUAUAUUUUCAACACGAUCUAUUCAAAGGGGUGAUUAUUCAGUAUGAGGCGCGAGCAGAACAUUUGCCAGAACCAGUGAAAGUAGAGGCCUUGGUGAGCCCAAUCAAGUCCUUUCAGAAAUCUGGGAAGUUUGAAAACGAUCCUUUUGAUGAUAGACUAAGGAGGAUUGAGGUAUCUUCGGAUUUCGAUGUCAAGGAACUUCUCUUCCGAAAUUUCGCCGGAAUCAUGGGUCCACAGAGCGAGCCGGGAGUUUUGCAUGAAUGGGGCAGGGGUCCGGCGUCUUCAGUAACGUUCGUUUGGAUUGACCCUGCUCAAGUCGUUGCAGGUUCAUAUGAAGUUAAAGUGGGAAUUUCUGAACAGAUCGAGCAUCACAAACCUCCGCUGCGGAAGCCCUUGCGGCCGGGGGUAUGGAAGUUGAAAAUGUUCAAGAAUUGGGUCCUUAUGGCUGAGACCAGCUUUAUCGUUGUUCCUCAAACGCAUUUGGGUGGUCUUCCAGUCAAGAAUACGACCAUAGCGGCACAGCUGAACGGAGGCCCUGCUAAAGGCUAUACCGAGGCCGAUCUAAGUACAGUUGAGGACUUCCUUGGAAUUUCGAAAGCGACGAAAGAAACGCUUAUUAGAGAGGCAACGUUGAGAUCACUGCGAUCUGGGGCGGUUCUCGAGGAAUGGGCCGAUGCACUGACAUUCUCCCGCUGGUCGGUUAAAAGAAUUUGUUUUGCGGCAACUCCAGCCCAUCCCACAGGAGGAGUCUUUUGCCCACAGUUACGCAUUGAACCCUGCCACUAUACAUCAUGGAGCACUCUCGCCCCGGAUGUUAAAGAGAUGCUCAGCGCUUUGUGAUAGCAUUUCACAUCUUUAUUAGUCAUGUUAUUUAUGACGUGCUAGAACCAAAAAAAUGUCGUUUUCAUUUAAAUACUUUUAUCGAUUUAUUCGUUGCGAAUUAUACUCGACAUUAUAAUUCUUUGUAUAGAAGCUUGCUAGCUUGAGAGUUAAAACGAUCGAAAACACUUGGGUUUCUAUGUGUGAGGACUUAAGCAAAUUGUGCCAACGUGAAAAUACGAUGUUCGAAGUGUAACAUAUGCUGUUAUUGUUUGAGUAGUCAUAAUAAUUCAAAACAUUGUAGCUUCUGUAAAAUAUGUAUACAUCGAGAGUAUCUAUGACAGAAAAAAUGAUGUCACUAGUCGUCGCCCUAAGCUUUUAGUUGGAGGUGGUUUGCACGCGCGUACCUCAUACGUUGCUUUUGUUUAACAGUACAUAGUAAAAUUUUUAUACCGAAAGACUACAAACAAUCGACGAAUGGAAGUGGGCACAGCUAUCUCAAUUUUCGAUUAAUAAA